UGCGCAUGCGUGUGAACCAUAUGUGCUUCCGGUGGGACCAACCUCCGCUACUUGGGGCUGAUUUGUCCAAUGUGUGGGUUCUACUUUGACACUAUAUAACUAAAAUCAAGUGAAACGAAAAUGAGUAUUAACGACUCAGACGGAGGGCUGAGUCGCUCAGGUCAUGUGUAUCGAACAAUGUCAGCGCCAGAUGAAAUAACGCCGUUGCUGUCAUCGUCGGCUCCAAAUAAUGGCUCGCGAAGCUACAAUCGCUCAAGACCGCCUUCGGAUUUGCCUGUUCGCUUCGAUACACCGCCUAUGUGUGAAGCUUAUGAAGCAGGUCGAUUUACACAGUUGUCACGAAGUUUGAGCUCAUCAACUGCAGUAAAUGACGACUCAGAGAGUGGAGAUGAAUUCGCCGCACCACCUCCUCCGACGGUAAACAGACGAACACUGAAAACCUUCAUGGGUGUCUUUUGCCCGAUCGCACUGUCGAUGUUCAGUACCUGCCUGUAUCUUCGCGGAGGCUUUGUUGUAGGACAAGCAGGACUGUUGCAAUCUCUUGCCCAGCUGAUCCUUGCCUAUCUCAUCUUGGUCCUGACUGUACUUUCUAUUUGUGCCAUCUCUACAAAUGGUGCUAUAGAGGGAGGUGGUGCCUAUUAUAUGAUCAGCCGUGCCCUGGGUCCAGAGUUUGGUGGCAGUAUAGGUGCCCUGUUCUUUGUUGCUAAUGUGUUUGCCUGCGCAUUAUACAUCAGUGGCUUUGUGGAAGGUGUCACUCAGAAUUUUGGAGUUGGAGGUAUUUUUUUCACUUUACACCUCUUAGGAUUGCCAGAUGGCAGCCAGUGGUGGAUCUACCUGUAUGCUUCAGCCUCACUUUUCUGCCUGGUUAUCUGCAUUAUUGGCGGGGCAAUGUUUGCUCGCACUUCAGCUCUCAUUCUUUUGGUGGUAGUUGUAACGACGGUGUCAGUUUUCAUCAGCAUUUUUGCCAAGAACAAAGUUAUAAGCAUUGACAUACCCAAAGAUAAUAAAAUAAUUUGGGUAAAUACUAAUGACACAAACGUUACCCACAUGGCCAAUUAUACAGGUCUACGUCUUGAAACCUUUCGUGAUAAUCUCUAUGCCAACUACACAGUAGACUACUCUUCCGGCAACCAAAUGAACUUUGCUACUGUGUUUGCCAUUCUCUUCAGCAGUGUUACUGGCAUCAUGAAUGGUGCCAACAUGUCAGGAGAGUUGAAAGACCCAAGCAAGUCUAUUCCAAAAGGAACUCUGUCAGCUGUUGCCUUUACUUUCACCACCUACGUAAUUAUGAUCAUCUUGCUCAGUGGCUCCUGCUCCAGAUUCCUGCUGAUCAAUGAUUAUGUAUUUCUACAAAAAAUCAACUUUGCUCCACCACUGGUGGUUGCUGGCAUAUUUGCUGCAACUUUGUCAGCUGCUCUAGGCAACCUGAUUGGAGGAUCUAGAGUGCUAGAAGCUUUAGCAAAUGACCAUUUGUUUGGAAUAUUCUUAAAGCCUGCAACCAUCACCACAAAGUCCGGGAAUCCUUACAUGUCCGUCCUCAUUACCUGGAUUUUGGUACAGCUUGUGCUUCUGGUGGGAUCGCUAAAUGCUAUUGCUCCAGUGACUUCUGUCUUCUUCCUGCUAGCCUAUGCCUCAACCAACCUUGCAUGCCUUGGACUAGAGCUUGCCUCAGCACCAAACUUCAGGCCAACAUUCCGAUACUUUUCAUGGCACACCUGCAGUCUGGGGCUUAUUGGCUGCAUGAUCAUGUGCUUCCUGAUCAGUGCUAUUUACACAUCCAUCGCACUUGUGAUAAUGCUUGUUUUUGUCAUUCUUCUGCAUUUUCGCUCCAUGCCCUCUGUAUGGGGCUCAAUCUCACAGGCUCUUAUCUUCCAUCAGGUACGCAAAUAUCUGCUUAUGUUGGACCCACGCAAGUCGCAUGUCAAAUACUGGCGACCUCAGAUCCUCCUUAUGGUAGCCAACCCUCGCCACUCCUGUCACUUGAUGGACUUCAUUAAUGACAUCAAGAAGAGCGGCCUUUAUGUUAUUGGUCACGUCAGGACUGGAAAGCUGGAGGAAUUUCAAGCAGAUCCAGUGAAUGAAAUUACACCCCAGUGGCUGAAGCUGGUUGACCACUUAAAGAUCAAGGCUUUCGUUGAAGUGACUCUAGCAAAUAGUGUCUGCGAGGGCUUUCAACAACUUGUCCGCCUUUCUGGUCUUGGUGGUAUGAAACCAAACACAAUCUGCUUGGGGUUCUAUGACAAUGAGGAACCAAUAGACACGCUUCCCAGUACAAAGAAAGGUCGAAGAUUGUUCCCUUUCCGUGGGGUGGAGAGUGCCACAUAUGCACAGAUUGAAUCAUUCUUUGCAAAUACCCGAAAUGGUUCUUCCCAGCGCCACUUGACUGACGUUGAGUAUGUGAAGUUGAUUGUUGACAGCCUGAAGAUGCACAAAAACAUCUGCCUUUGUCGCAAUUUCCACCUGUUGAACAAAAAGCAGAUCAGUUCUUCAUCUACAAACUACUUCAUUGAUGUCUGGCCUGUCAACUUGUUCAGACCAGAAACUGCCAGCUUCUUUGACAACACCUGCCUCUUCAUGCUUCAGUUGGCCUGUAUUCUAAACAUGGUGCCCACUUGGCGGUCUCGCACAACAUUGCGUGUGUUCUUGAUGGUCAAUGCAGAAAAGGAAAAUGCACCACAAAAGGAACAGAAGCUAGAUAUGUUUCUGAGGCAACUCCGCAUCUUAGCUCGUGUACAACUCAUAUCUUGGGACCACCUUCAGCAGUACAUGCAGGAUGGAAAUGCAGACAAUAGUGAGGAUGAAAGUGGAGCCAAAAUGCAGGAGUACAGAGAGAUGCCUGAAAACUUUGUCAAGGCCAUGAAUGAAGUCAUGGUGAACAACUCCACUAGUACAGCAGUAUCUUUCCUGUAUCUGCCCAAGCCCCUGCUGAAGUCAGUGGCUACUCAAUAUCUGUCUCAACUGGAGGUCCUGACUAGUAAUCUUCAACCUACUGUGUUUGUGCAUGGCCUGCAUCCAGUUACAUCUACAACUCUGUGAUGAAUGAGAAAGGGGAAGAUCACCUGUAAGAGAAAGACAAUGUAAACAAAGAAAUGAUAACAGAGCUUUUGCAUGGCUAAUUUUUCAAUUCUGAUCUGCAAGUGUUUUGUUUUUUUGAAACAUGCUUUUUUUUCCAAGUGUAAAAAGGAUAUUUGCAUACAAUACUGUGAAAACCUAAAAUGGUACUCGCUUUUGUAAUCUGUUAAGACAUGGUAUUAUUGCUUUAUUUUAAAGUUAAAAAAAAAAACCCUCUUCCAUUACAAACUUAACAUCAGAUUAUGUGCCAGUCAUCAGGACCUCUUUUUAAUGCCAUACCCUUUGUUUUAUCUUCAGUCAUUGGCACAUUUAAUCAUGACAGCAGAAAGCCUUGGUUACCUGUAUAGCCACAUAAUCUUAUAAUUUCCACCCCAUAAAACAUAAACUUAGAAAAUCACUCAAGUUUACAUUUCAUCUGGCAUACUCCACUUUCAUUGUCAUUGUUUCUGUUUUAUUAUAAAUUUUAUAUAUUUCUAUCACUAAUUUACACUUUUAAGUUUUAGAAAUCACAUCAACAGGUUGCAGAAUUUUAACCAAAACGUUUAUUAAAAUAGGUUGGUUUUCGUGGUGUGCAUUCUGUAAAUAACAGGUUUUGUCUUCUUGAAACAUCUCAGAUUAGAUAGAGAUCCAUAUAUGCCUGCAUUGAUGGAUGCAGAUCUAAUAUAUUAUCAUUUGUGCUUUUGGUCCGAUGUGUUAAACAUGGACAUAAACUGAUUCAAAGAGAAAUAUUUCUCACAAAUUGAUUGCUGGGUUGGAUACCUAAAGAACAGAGCUGAAGUAUCAGAAUUUUUAAAAUUCAAAAAAGAAUAAAUACCAUUUAAGAAAUCAUCUGUGGUUUUUUUACUUAUUGACCAAUGGCAUCAUUUUGUCUGAUGUUUAUACAAUAUUUAGAAAUAUGACAAUCUGACAAACCCUGAUGCUGGUUAGUCUGAAGCUUGUCUCUUUUCCUUUUCUGUCCAUUAUCCAGUGACUCAGUUUGAAACAUCUUUCUUGACCUAUGGUCCUUCCUUUGACUUGAGCUUAGAGAACAAGUAGUUUGCUGUGCCAAAAUAAAACCCAUUUAUAACAAAGUCCAGAAAUAAAGCAUAGCAUGGGGAGGGAGAAUUUUGUAAUACAAGAUUUUAAUAAAUGUUCAGACGGGGAAAUAUACACUGGUGAAACUGAUCUGUGGAAUGCAUGUGCCUACGGUGGUUCAAAAUAUUUUGAAAACAAUGUCUUAUGAGUACAUGUGUGUGCAGAAAGGAAUCAAAAAUUAUGUUUAGUAACAUGGAUGUUGUUGGGUAUCAUGCCAUGGAAGGUUUUUAUACGGAACUGUAUACUUCCUAAAAACAGAUAUAUUUUCUCAAGAUUUACAUUUAUCUCAGGCACGCUAAUGUAUAUGGACGUAAGAUGUGGCUGUCAAGCAAGAAUUCUAAUUCAAACAAAUGAAAAUUUAGUUGAUAUGUUUGACCCUACCUUUGGAAGAUGCUUGUACCAUAACAGCAGGCAGAUUUAGUAAAAAGUUUAUGCCCCAACUCUUCUCCCUAACUGUGGAGAACGCAUGAUAAACAUUAUUAAAACAUUUGCAUGUGGCUGUAAACAAACUUAUUGUAUAUUCUGAUCUUCAUGUGUGCAUGCUCACACAUGCACUCGCAAGCAUGCAAAACAGGUGUUUACUGUUGAAGAACAGAAUCCUAGUUUUAAUAUAUGUUUAUGUAAAUUUAUAUUUAUAUGCUGAAAAUACUGAAUACUUGUAUAACUUGCUUAACUUUUAUAAAUCAUAUGUGAUCCUUUCACACACUUUGUGAUAUACAAACAUUUAUACUGUACAUUUUGAGGGCAGAUGAACAGAACAAAAUAUGCCACUGUUUAUCAGGCAUAUGGGUUUUGCAAUAUGUUUAAAUGUCACCAUGACUAUGGAUGGACAUUCUGCCUGUAAAUAGCUAAGCAUAAACAAUUCAGCAGGGAUAACUUCAAUGUUGGGAGGGAUUGGUGUUUUAUGCUGAGCAAGCAACUAAGGCUAUAAUUUCAGUGGGUAAAAAACACAUUAGUUGCAGUUGUGUACAUUCCAGUUAGCAUGAAGUUUGUAUUUUAGAAUUAUGUGUAGAUGGACAUUUUUUUGACUGAAAGGUAAAAUACAUUUAUUCACAAAGCUGUCA